AUGAUUCUGACGGGAGAGGGUUCUGGUUCCCUCAAGAUCAUCGAGUUUGAAGGCUGCAGUGUCGACGGUGAACCGGCAGACUCGUGUUACGAAUGGUUCAGUUACCGUCCGCCCAUGCCUAGGGUGAGUCGGCAGACGGAUGUUUUUGCAUUUGGUUGUGCAGUCUACGAAGUCGUGACGGGACGGCCACCAUACCAUGAGCUCGAGGGAUCGGAUGAUCGAUAUCAGGAGGUUGAACACCUCUAUGCAACCAACCGCUAUCCCGAUGUUACCUGUUUGCCGGCGCCGUUGGGUGCGUUGAUCAAGGGGUAUUGGUAUGGCGACUUCAGCUCGAUGGGGGAGGUCCUGAGAGAGCUACAAGUGUUUGUCUCUUUGUCUUUUUGA